CUCUUCUCUUUAUAAAGCCUCUCCACUUCAUUCAUCUUCUUGAAAGAAAAACAAAAAAAAACAAGAUCUUUAAAUCAUCAAAAUAUAAAAAGAAUGAGAGGUAAAUAUCUUUAUGUACUAGUAGUACUCAUUGUCUUGGCCUCCAGUGGAGUUCUUGCCAAGAACAACAACAUCUCUACAACGCCUAGAUUAAGAAGAAGUGAUUUCCCAGCAGAUUUCAUUUUUGGUUCUGCAACCUCUGCUUACCAGGUAGAAGGAGCUGCUCAUGAAGAUGGUAGAGGACCAAGUAUCUGGGAUACCUUCUCUGAGAAAUACCCAGAGAAGAUAAAAGAUGGUAGCAAUGGUUCUGUUUCUGAUAACUCUUACCAUCUUUACAAGGAAGAUGUGGCUUUAUUGCAUCAAAUGGGAUUCAAUGCAUACAGAUUCUCAAUCUCAUGGUCCAGGAUCUUGCCUCGUGGGAAUCUAAAAGGUGGAAUCAACCAGGCUGGUAUUGACUAUUACAACAACUUGAUCAAUGAGCUUUUGUCCAAAGGAAUUAAGCCUUUUGCAACCAUGUUUCAUUGGGAUACACCACAAGCCCUUGAAGAUGCUUAUGGCGGAUUUCUUGGUGCCGAGAUUGUGAAUGAUUUCCGUGAUUAUGCGGAUGUUUGCUUCAAGAAUUUUGGAGAUAGAGUGAAGCAUUGGAUGACAUUGAACGAGCCGUUGACAGUGGUGCAACAAGGGUAUGUUGCAGGUGUGAUGGCUCCAGGAAGAUGCUCUAAAUUCACUAACCCUAAUUGCCUAGGUGGAAAUGGAGCCACCGAGCCUUAUAUUGUUGGUCACAACCUCAUCCUUUCUCACGGAGCCGCCGUCCAAGUCUACAGAGAAAAAUAUAAGGCGUCUCAAAAGGGUCAAGUUGGUAUUGCUUUGAAUGCGGCUUGGAACUUACCAUACACAGAAUCACCCGAGGAUAGAGCGGCUGCAGCACGAGCCAUGGCCUUCACAUUUGAUUACUUUAUGGAGCCGCUUGUGACCGGUAAAUACCCGGUUGAUAUGGUCAACAACGUGAAAGGCGGUCGCUUACCUACAUUCACUGCACAACAAUCUAAGAUGCUGAAAGGCUCAUAUGAUUUCAUUGGCAUCAAUUAUUACUCUUCAACCUACGCAAAGGAUGUUCCCUGCUCCACCCAAGAUGUUACCAUGUUCUCUGAUCCUUGUACCAGUGUCACAGGUGAAAGAGAAGGAGUUCCCAUCGGUCCAAAGGCUGCAUCAGAUUGGCUUUUGAUAUAUCCAAAGGGAAUUCGUGAUCUUGUCCUUUAUGCUAAAUACAAGUUUAAGGAUCCUGUCAUGUACAUUACAGAAAACGGGAGAGAUGAAUUUAGUACCAAUAAAAUCUUCCUUAAAGAUGGUGAUAGAAUUGAUUACUAUGCUCGACAUCUUCAAAUGGUGCAAGACGCUAUCUCGGUCGGAGCAAACGUGAAGGGAUUUUUCGCAUGGUCGUUGCUAGACAACUUCGAAUGGGCAAUGGGAUACACAGUCCGCUUUGGGUUGGUUUACGUGGAUUUCAAAAAUGGAAGUAAGAGAUAUCCUAAGAAAUCCGCUCAGUGGUUCAGAGAAUUGUUGAAUGAAAAGAAGAACAAUUGAUGAUGAUUACAUAACCAUUAUAUUAGUUUCUCUAUCACUAUUGAGAGAUUUAACAUUUUUCCUCCUUUGAAAAUAAUAAAAAUGGUUUUGCUAUUUUAAACAA